GAAUCCCUUUGGUUCUCUCUCACUGUGUGGAAUUUUAUAGAGCUCGAGAGAAGCUUCAAGGAAGUUAUGGCUAGUGAAGAUGAUUCGAUAGAACAAAAAGCUGCUGCUCGUAAAGAGGCACUUAGAGCUCUAAGGGCAGCUCAGGAACUGUCCGAGACCAAGGAAGAUGGUGAAGAGGAAGCAGUCGAAGAAGAUGGUCCAGCCAUGAAAUUUAGAAAUUAUGUUCCUCAAGCUAAGGAGCUUCAGGAUGGUAAAGUUGCUCCACCAGAGCUACCCAAAUUCGAAGAUCCAAUAGUUGCACUUCCACCUGCUGUGGAGAAGAAAGAGGACCCAUUUGUCAACAUUGCUCCAAAGAAGCCUAACUGGGACCUUCGAAGAGAUGUGCAGAAGAAGCUUGAUAAGCUCGAAAGGCGGACUCAAAAAGCUAUGUAUAAACUCAUGGAGGAGCAUGAGAGAGAACGUGAGAUGGCUGAAGCUGAUGGUGGUAACACCAUAGAAACUUGAAAAGCUGACGAUAUUAUCAAAGAAGCCACUGAACAUCAUAUUUCUACUCAGUUUUGUAUAACUUUUAAAGCUUCUAUUCGAAGUGACUAAACCAUAACACUUGAUUUCUCUUCUUGUGAAAAACCCUACUACCAUAGGCAUAGACAGAGUGUAUGUUUAAUGUUCAUGUGUCAAGAAAAAAACGUUUAACAAUUUUUUGUGUUUGGGUAGUGAUGUCAUACUUCGGAGUGGAA